GAUAAUCAAAAAUCGAAAACAAACAAAAUAUAGAGAUAAAAUCCCUACUCUUUGGUCGGAACUAUCGAAACUGUUCUGCUUUCAUACGUAAACGAAGAUUUUCUGGAAGUGUUUUUAAACUGAUGUAAACUACUGUUACUUGAUGUGCUGUGCGAUUUAUCGCAAUUAAUAAAUAUUAAAAAGAAGGGAUAAUAAUACGAUUAGUGACAAAAAUAAGAUUUGGAUACACGUAUAGAGAAAAAUAGAAUAUCGAUGCAAACCGUUAUAAAGUGAAUAAACAAUUGAAAUAAAUUUGUUUUAACUUUUGUUAAGAUACAAUGCAAAACACAUCAGAUCCAAUUGAUUUUAUUGACCUGACUGUAGACUCACCAAGAGAUAAUCAUUUAAAAGUACGAAACAAAAAUGCUGAAAAUAUAUGUAAUAAUAACAGCGCAACAAAAUCACGAAGGCGUAAAUUAAGUAAACGACAGACAGCACAACUGUAUGAUUCUGUAAUAGAGAUAUCAGUUGAAAGUUCAUGUAAAGAUGUGGAAGCAAUGGAAAUCAUAGAUCUAGAUAAUAUUGCCCCAUCGGAGCAAAAUGGAAUAUAUUAUCUUAACGACUCCACUCAGGGAAACACAAUUAUGUUAACUUGCCCAAUCUGUUUUGAGCAGUUAUCCUCUAAAAUGAAACCUAUGUCUACUCGUUGUGGACAUAUAUUUUGUGCACAAUGUUUAGAGCAAGCAUUACGUGCAUCUAAAAAGUGUCCAACUUGUAAAAGAGCUGUCAAAUUCCAAGCAUGUACUCGUUUAUAUUUUUAGUUUGGUUUAUUUACUUAAUUUUCCAAUUUUUUAUACAUAUGUAAUUAUUUUAAACAUUCAGUCCACUGGCUUAAGUUAAUUAGUACUCGUGUUAAGUAUAUAAAUUAUUUGAAUAAAGAAAGAAUUAUAUUUUCCAGAAGAAUUAAAGUCAUUUCAAUACACAAUAUUUAUCUGAAAUUAUUCAGUUCUAAUAAUUUUCAAAUUUUACAUUUUGACAUGUGUCUCCUAAGGUUUCUU